CACGUUUGCACCAAGUACUUGACGUGCGUCGACAUGAGUUUUGGAGCGGCAUCCGCUUCAUGAGCACAGAGGCACUCGCAAGGCAGUUCCCCGAGCCUCUCAAUGAUGUCUACCGGGUGGAGGCCUUCGUCGGGCAAGGCGCCUUCAGUACUGUUUGGCGUGCCACACACAGAACAUCUGGGCAGGUGCGAGCCAUCAAGAAGAUUGACACCACUGACCUGUCUCCAAGGGAAAUUGCCCAUGAGAUUGCCAUCAUGCGCUUUCUCCGGCACGAGAAUGUGGUCAGGUGUUACGAUGUCUUCUUGGAGAACCAAUUCGUGAGUGUUGUCAUGGACCUCUUCAACGGGGGCGACCUUGUGGAUGGACUCAACCUACAUCGCCGGGCUUCAGGGCGGCUGCGAAACAAGCAGUUGCGACACCUGGCCAAGCAGAUGACUGCUGCCGUGGCGCAUGUACAUAGCCUCGAGAUCAUGCACCGGGAUGUCAAGGGCGAGAACUUUUUGUCCGACCGGCCGAACAUUGCUGACCCCCAUGUGCGAGUGGCGCUGUCGGACUUUGGCACCGCGAUUCGGGUGGAUCGUGGGGAGAAGGUCUACACUCGAGUGGGCACACCUGCCUUUUGGGCUCCGGAGAUCUUCGUCGGCGCAUACGACUUCAAAGUGGAUGUGUGGGCCUUGGGAGUGACCACCUACAUUCUUCUUUGCGGCACCUUACCCUAUGAUGGACAAGAGGAGAUUUGUCGACGACCAGGCCCUGAGGAGCCACUCGUCACUUUACCGCCACACACGACCAAAGCCUGCCAAGAAUUCCUUGAAGCAUGCUUGGUCAAGGACAGUGAGACUCGCCGUGUGGCUAAAGAGGUUCAGACCUCCGAAUGGUUCCAACGCGAAGCUGAAGAUUCUCCAAUGGCUGCGGAGAAGGAGGAGGCUCCAAAAGACAAGUUCCGUGACCUGUUGGAAGGUCUUACGGUAACCUGCUGUGGUGCUAUUAAGCUCUGUUUGGACUACUUCUGCGACGAAAAGCAGGUGGAAGCUGCUGCAGCGCGCUGGUCGAAAGCUUCCACCAAGUCCUCUGGGAAGGAUGUCUUUGAGAAGCAGGCAACGGAUCUCUCCAAGCAGAUCUCGACAAGUCUUUUGCAGCAUCAGGAGAUUCCGCUGUUGUUUUCCUUAUAUAAGUCUUUGACUCUUGGCAUUUUCUAAGAGAUGGCCUCCAACCUACUAGCGAUGGCCUCCAACCUAAGAGCGAUGGGCUCCAACCUAGAAGCGAUGGCCUCCAGCUUGUGUGGCUUGGGGUUGACAGUUUCAGCACAUGUACUAGCAUGUGAACGAUCCUCGUUCUCAAACUGUAGGACUCUCUGCGACAUUGAGCAGUGACUUCGUUCAUAUUUCAGACUAUAGAUGUAAAAAUUGCAUGGAUUUUGAUGAGGAGACUCUUGAAAGCAGCAGUUGGACACAGUCGAUGUGAUGUUUUCAAAAGGACAAGAUGUGAUGUUUAUUGCCUUUUACUUUCUUUCUAGAACCAACUGCUCAUUUUGAUUAUUUUCAGCUCGUUAUCAUUCUGUUGGAUUUUGGCUGCUUUGGUUUGCCUCGGUUCCAUCCACUCGAGCGAAGUGCUCGAGCGAGAUGGACCCGAUCCUCGUCUGGGCGCAGCUUGCGCAACCUGCGCAGAUUGCGCCGCUCGCGCUCGAGAGUUUUAACGCGGACACUGCGUCGACAUGAGUUUCAUGCAGUGAAACCUGGCGGGCGAAUGGGACACGGCACAGAUG